AGUCCAAAUUAAUUGUACGUACGUAACUUACAAUAACAAUGGAGAUGAUCAGAUAACGACGUCCUUCCUUAACUAUGUACGUACUCCAUCAAUGCAUGCUCAGGGCCCUCCCGUUGCUUAUACCCCAACACCCCGCCGGCGAAACCUCGCCGGAAAUCGCUUCUUCAAUGAUAAUCCCGUUUUCAAUUGAACAGCCGGAGCCGGAAGACGAUACCUGCCUCCUCCUCCGGCCCCUGGAGCUCGAAGGCGGUGUAGAAAUCGUCGCCGCCGCUGCUGAGAACCAAGAGCGCGUGGAAGAUGAAGAAGAAGAAGAAUAAGACGGUGAUGCGGCGGCAGCGGCCGGUGGUGAUGAUUGGCGUCCUCGUCCGCCUCCCUUCUUGAGACCCUUGAGCUUCACGAGCAAAGCUCGAAGCAAACUACUCCUCUUCUUCACCUGCAGAUGCCUGCCGGUGAAGAAAGAUGGCGGCGGCGUGAGAGAAGGUCGUAGGACAUUUUCGCCCCCGCCACUGGCGAAUCUAUGUUUGGGAGUCCCGGGCUGAGACUCCCAGACAAAGGGAACAGAAACGUCGUCGUCGGCGUAGUAAACUCUGAAAGAGUGG